UAAUCAAGGGGUUUGUAGUUUGCACGCUUAUGACUAACCGGUUCUCGCUGUUCGGACACUUUUCUCUCGGAUAUCGGGAAUCGGCUGUGACGUCUUGAAAUAGUUAGAGUGACUUCGUCGUGCUAACUUAAUCCCAAAUUGCUCGACAGCGCAGUGAAAUCGGCGCAACUUGACGCCGCCGCGGAUACACGUUUCACGCCGCAAGACCGUACGGAGAUUUUAACGUACGGGAUCAUCCCGUGAGGAAUGCCAAAGAAUGCUGAAUAAUUGUGACAUUGGACGACAGAAAACUGCGUUAGUUGUAAUCUCAUGCUGUCCACGUUCCUACUGCAAUAGUAUAUAUGCGUGUGCUGCGACCAUUCAUACUGUAGAAAUUCGGAGAUAACCUGAAACAACAACCACGAUGGCAGAUUUACACAUUGCGCAGCCUCUCACUUUGUCAUGCGGCUUGACGCUGCCCAAUCGGCUUGCCAAUGCCGCCAUGGCAGAACAGAUGGCAGACAAACAGGGAUUGCCAAACAACAAAAGUAAUCGACCGUAUGCGGAAUGGGCGAAGGGCAAUUGGGGCAUGGUGUUGACCGGGAACGUCCAAAUCGAUACAAAGUACCUCGGCGCUCCUGGAGACACUGUUUUUAACGAAAACAUCGAGUAUUCCAAGAUGCUGGAGGCCUGGAAAGUCUGGGCCAAGGUGUGCAACUCGCAUGGCACGCCGACAGUAGUUCAGAUCAAUCACCCGGGUAGACAGUCACCUCUCGGCGCAGGCUCUCGGGGGUUUUUCGCAAAGAACCUCGCCCCUAGUGCAAUACCGUUGGAUUUUGGUCCUGGACUGGUAUCAAAAAUCGUCACUUCCGUCGUGUUCGGAACACCUAAGGAGAUGACAAAGACAGAUAUUGACGAUGUAGUCAAGCGCUUCGCCAGGACGGCCCGUCUUUCUGCGGAGGCAGGAUUCGCUGGUGCAGAGAUCCAUGCCGCGCAUGGGUAUCUAUUGGCACAAUUCCUUUCUGAGAAGUCCAACCAGAGGACGGACGACUAUGGUGGCUCGCCAGCUGCAAGAGCCAAGAUUGUUGUCGAAGUAGUCAAGGCCAUGAGAGAAGCAACCCCUAAGGGAUUCUGCGUCGGUAUCAAAUUGAACUCAGCAGAUCACCAGUCACCACAGGAAUUUAGUGCUUGCAGAGAACAGGUGAAGCUCAUCGCAGCCGCUGGUGUUGACUUCUUAGAGAUCAGUGGUGGAUCAUAUGAAAACCCAACGAUGAACACAGGUAUCAUCAAUGAUGAGAAGCCAAAAUCGGAACGCACGAAAGCUCGUGAAGCGUUCUUCCUCGAGUUCGCACACGCGAUCCGACGGGAAGUUCCUGACGUGCCUUUGAUGGUGACUGGAGGUUUCCGAACGAGGCAAGGUCUGGAAGCCGCAGUACGUGAAGGAGGCUGCGAUCUUGCUGGUAUUGGUAGACCUGCGACAAUCAACGCCGUCUUGCCAAAAGAAGUCAUCUUUAACUCGGCAGUAAAGGACGAAGAUGCGACUUUCAAUGUGAAGAAGAUACAGCCACCGUGGUUGAUGACAAAGCUUGGUCCUAAGGCACUAGGUGCUGCAGCUGACAGCGCCUACUACCAAGCUUUACUCCAAAAGAUUGGCUUGCCCUGAUUGAGCGGUAUUUCUCCUGCCCGGUUCAUAGUUGCACGCGCAUUAAUGUAGUUGGAGAAGUCGUGUUUUAUUCUCUUUAAUAGAUUUUGCACUAGAUUAGACCUGUGUUUUAUACCCACCAUAUUUUGCAGAGAUGAAAUCUGGGAAUUAUCAUUGUCGUACCUUUUCUUUCUUUGGGUUGUUUUCCCUCGAACCGUUCGUGUAGCACUUCACCCCAACUGUAUUAGUGGACCAAAUUCGAGCCGCACCCAUGUAGGUGGCUAACGUUAGAGGGAUGGGGGCGCAUCUUAUCUCGUGACUAGCCAACCUUAAAAAAUUAAAUCCAUC